AUGUCCAGCAAUAUUCAUGAUGAUAAUAUCGCACCCGGUACUGUCAGGCUUAUUGAUGCCAAUGGCGAGCUCAACGUCAAGCACUCCGAGGGUCAUGGCGACAUUAUCCUUGUGCCAACACCAUCCGAGGAUCCAGAAGACCCACUGAACUGGACAAAGCAGCGCAAGCUGUUGCACACUGCCUGUAUGGUCAUGUAUACUGUUAUGAUGGUGUUUCCGUCCGCAGCGGUGUACUCGGUGGCAAAGCCCAUCUCUACGUCCACUGGCAUCUCCAUCACAACAAUCAACAGAGGAACCGGUGUCAUGUUCCUCUUGUAUGGCUGGUCGACGAUCCUUUGGCAAGCGAUUGCAUUGCAAUACGGAAAGCGACCGGUGUAUCUGAUCUCUGCGGCUGCAUCAGUCGUAGUCAUGGCGGUCGCACCGAUGUGUCGGACUUCUGGGACAUACCUGGCGAUCAGAAUCUUGCAGGGAUUCUUUGGAGGACCGGUCGAGAGUCUUUGUGAAAUCAGCAUGACCGACAUUUGGUUUGCUCACGAGCGUCCUCUCUAUAUCGCUCUAUACGGCGUAUCACUUGGUGCUUCUGGCAAGCUAGCCCCUGUAUUUAGUGCAUUCAUCAAUAGUGGCAUGGGUUGGGAGUGGACCUUGUGGUGGUGCGCUAUAGGCGCACAACCCAAUCGUCAUCCCUUCAAUCCACAAGCUAUAUCUGAAGGCGCUGGCGAGGCUGAGCCAUCUCGAUCCGAGAAGUUCACCGCAAAGGACGGUGUCCAAGUUAGCGAUUCCCCUCUCUCGAACGACCAAAAAUUAUCCGAAGAUCAGCAUGCUCUAGACGUGGUGGCUGCUGAGUUGGGGCAUAUCGCGUACCCACGAAAAACAUACUGGCAGAAACUGAGCGUCAUUGACAAAAAGCGACCAAAUCGCAUGCUGGAUAUCAUGUGGGCACCCUUCAAGUUCUUCAGCUUUCCUGUAGUUGUCUGGGCAGGAUUCAUGUACGGUCUACAGGGACUGGUGUAUCCAGGAAUCUUGAAUGCCACAGCCAGCGUUAUCUAUACCAAUAGCUACUACCAUUUUUCCAGCGAUGCAGUAGGCUUUGCUUACUUUGCGGCCGUUGUUGGUAUGGUCUUGGGUUCUCUUUGGGUAACGCUUGCAGGCCCAUGGCUAGUCAUCAGGCUGGCUCGUCGUAGAGGUGGUAUUUCGGAGCCCGAGGACAUCUUGUGGCUCUUUUUAGCCUCGGCCGUUGUUGUGCCAUUUGCACUGAUCCUGUGGGGAGUCGGGAGUCAGCACCAUGUACAUUGGUUCGGGCUUGUGUUUGCUCAGGCAAUUCUAGCCAUAUCUAGUACGCUUUGCUUAUCGACGGCCAUUCAGUAUGCCACGAGCGCCUACAGAGACUUGAGUGGCGAACUGAUCACGACCAUCAUCCUUAUACGGAAUACCUUGAGCUUCGCCAUCAACUAUGGCAUCAACCCAUGGAUCGACGGCAUGGGAACACAGAAUACUUUUAUCACGGCCGCAAUGAUAGCGUUUGUGCUAAACAGCACCAUGUUCGUUGUAAUCGCGUUUGGUCGCCGGCUCCGCGAACAUAGCGCAAGAAGAUAUUGGACAUAUGUUGAAAAGGCAAGAGCCAAAGGGCUAGGCCAUUAG